AUGUGGCGCUUCAUGCAGGAUUCCAAUGCAAGACACGGUUUGCAGAUGCAGACUUUUGACGACUUACAUUCAUGGAGUGUUGGGCCCCACCGCACCGAUUUCUGGGACGACAUGUGGGCUGCCAGUGGACUCAUUUACUCUGGAAGCUACACUGAAGCCGUAGACACAUCCAUACCCAUGGAAAACAACCCUCGAUGGUACGACGGCACGAACCUUAACUUUGCCGAAAACAUACUCUUCUCCGCAGCACUAGAAGAUGCCUCAAUUAGAACUACAACGAACAAAGGAGAGAACAAGAUUGCGUUGACCCAGAUCCGCGAGGGCAACAUCGAAGUCGAGAAUUUGACAUGUAGCACAGACAUGGGCACCAAGGGUAUACUGGAGCGACUUUUGCAAAUCAAGCCCAAAUACGUCUUCGUAGACGAUUGGACAGUUUACAAUGGUAAGACGAUCGAUCUCCGACCCAAGAUCAAGGAAGUUGUCGCCGGCAUGGGUGGAGUGAUUGAGUUUCAAGGGAUAGUCGUUCAGCCCCGAUUCCAAGGCCGACCUGCGGACGUUGAGGGUUUCAGCAGGACUGAAACUUUGAGCGAUUUUCUGACCUCUGCAUGCGACAAUGAAGAAUUGGAGUUUGAGCGAGUUGCAUUUCACGAUCCGUUCUUGAUUGUAUACUCCAGCGGAACUACGGGCAUGCCAAAGUGUAUCGUGCAUUCUACUGGAGGAGUGCUCAUCAAUACUUGCAAAGAGGGCCUACUUCACAAGGAGAUGACGCCAGAGAGCGUCGUCUUGCAAUACACUACUACUGGUUGGAUCAUGUACCUGGUCACUGUCCAGGUGUGUCUUUUCGGUGUUCGAAGCGUUUUGUACGAUGGCUCGCCAUUCAAACCCUCGCCGCAGGGUUUCCUAGCUAUGCUGCAACAACAACGGGUCACCGACUUUGGCACAUCACCGCGCUUUUUGCACGAGUUGCAAAAACGCAGCCUCAACCCCCGGGAGUUCCUGGACUUGUCUUGUUUAAGAAGUGUUGCUACUACAGGCAUGGUGCUCCCAGAAGCACAGUUCGAAUGGUUCUAUGAUGUUGGUUUCCCUGCCCAUGUCCACCUACGCAACAUCUCUGGUGGAACCGAUCUGGCGGGCCGCUUCGGAAUCGGGAACCCCCUGACGCCAGUGUAUGCGGGAGGCUGUCAGGGACCAUGUCUGGGUAUGAAGGUGGAGGUCUACGACAGCUUGAUUGAGAGCGGUCCUGGCGUUGCGGUCCCAGAUGGCGAACCAGGUGAACUCGUUGCUACCGCCUCAUUCCCCAAUCAGCCCAUCUUCUUCUGGGGCGACAAGAGUGGCGAGCGGUAUAGAAACGCAUACUACACUCGCUUUCCCCAUGUAUGGACACACGGCGACUUCAUCCAAAUUCACCCGUUGACGGGUCAAAUCACCUUCCUUGGCCGCGCCGACGGAGUGCUAAAUCCAUCUGGUAUUCGAUUCGGGUCUGCAGAUAUCUACAGCGUCAUCGAACAGCACUUUCCCGAGGUAGCAGAUAGUCUAUGCGUGGGCCAGCGAAGACCACUAGACAAUGAUGAGACUGUUAUAUUAUUCCUCAAGAUGAACAACGGACAUAGAUUCAGAGAAGGGCUAGUGGAAAGAAUCAAGAGCAAGAUCAGCCAGGAAAGAAGCAAGAGACAUGUUCCUCAAUACAUCUUCCAGACUUGGGAUAUUCCAACUACUGUGAACCUAAAAAAGGUCGAGCUGCCGGUCAAACAGAUCGUCUCCGGCAAAAAGAUCAAAGCAAGUGGGACUUUGGCGAAUCCCGAGAGCCUGAAGUACUACGAGCAGUUUGCGAGGGUCGAGGAGGUGGUCAAGAGAUUGGCCAGAGACAAGCAGCGACGCAGGAGAAGUACGUUGUAG